UGCUCUGGAAGCAGCAUGGCGACUGUUUGGAAUGCAUUUACAUGAAGAAGUACCAAAUGUUGUGAGACUUGCGUUGCACCUUCCAGGAAUGCAUCAGGUUGUUUAUGAUCCAAAUGAUGAAGCUGCAAUUAUUCUAUCCCGUGCAGACCCUGGAGAACGGUUUUAUCUACGACUUUUACUUACUGUCGUCUGUGGUCCACAGUCAUUCAAGCAUCUGAGAACUGUUAAUGAGGAAGCUUCUAUUAUGUGCAAUAGCUCACAAUUGAGAUCACUUUUUGCAGUUAUUCUAAUCCAAUGUAUACCAACGUAUCCAGAGAGAUUGUGGUUAAAUUUUCGUGCCAAUAUCUGCGAUGAUCUCUAUUAUCGGUUACAUAAUGAGCAUGCUAUUGCAGAACCAACUAAAGACCAAGUGUAUGACUAUGGGCUAUUUUUAAUUGAUGAAAUCUUACAUAAUUCAAAUAUGUCACUUGCUAUGUGUUCUUCAAUGCCUCAUUGGGACUGCAAUUGGGGCCUUUAUUGUGGAAAUCGUCUUAUUGCUAAACAAUUAGCUUGGGAUUAUGAAUGA